GAGGCUGAGGCAGGAGAACUGCUUGAACCUGGGAGGUGGAGGUUGCGGUGAGCCAAGAUCUUGCCACUGCACUCCAGCCUGGGGGACAGGGCAAGAUUCUUGUUUCAGAAAAAAAAAAAGAAACCUAUGGUAGCUUAAUGAAACGGAAAUAAAGCCUAACAUUUGAAGUUGGUUUAUUUUUUCCCCAGCUUUAUUCAGGUAUGAUUAACAAGUAAAAGUUACAUGUAUUUGAGGUAUACAAUGUGAUUUUUGAUAAUACGUAUGCAUUGUGAAAUGAUUACAGCAAUCAAGCUAAUUAAUGUAACAAUCACCUCAUAGGUAUGUGAGAGACAUAAGAACAUGAAAUUUACUCUCAGCAUAUUUCAAGUAUACAUAAUAAUUAUAGUCACCAUGCAGUACAUUAGGUCUCCAGAACUUACUCAUCUUGCAACUGAAAGUUUAUACCCUUUGACCAGUAUCUCACCAUUUGCCUCAGCCCUCAGCCCUGGGUAACUACCAUUCUAGCCUCUGUUUCUGUGAGUUGAGCUUUCUUAGAUUCCACAUGUGAGAUCAUACAGUAUUUGUCUUUCUGUGUCUUGCUUAUUUCAUUUAACAUAAUAUCCUCCAGGUUCAUCCAUGUUGUCACAGAUGACAAGACUUCCUUCUUUUAAAGGCUAAAUAAUAUUCCAUUUUAUGUAUAUACCACAUUCUUUUUAUCCAUUUGUCUGUCAGUGGUCACUUAGGUUGUUUCCAUAUCUUGGCUAUUGCGAAUAAUGCUGCAGUGAACGUGGGAGUGCAGAUAUCUCCUUGAGAUAGUGAUUUUAUUAACUUUGCAUAUAGUCCCUGAAGUGGGAUUGCUAGAUCAUAUAAUAGUUCUAUUUUUAAUGUUUUGAGGAACCUCCAUACUGUUUUCCGUAAAGGCUGCAACAAGGGUUUAUUAAUUGCCAAUAAAAUGCUGCUGUGAAAAAUAAUGAGAAAUAUUGCACUGACGAUCUUACUUGGUUACAUUUCCUUUUUUGCUUUUGCGUGAUUUUGAUUUUGGAAGCCUUGUACGUGGUAUACUGCACUGAACUAAACAGCCUUUAUUGAACUUGAAAUCAGCUGGAGAAGACUGGUAUUGAGCACUAUAUUUCUGCCACUGCCUUCUACAAAGCACAACCUGUAAUUCAGUUCAUGUGUGAAGUUCUUGAUAUUCAUAAUAUUGAUGAGCAACCAAGACCUCUGACUGAUUCUCAUCGGGUAAAAUUCACCAAAGAGAUAAAAGGUUUGAAGGUUGAAGUGACUCACUGUGGAACAAUGAGACGGAAAUACCGUGUUUGUAAUGUAACAAGGAGGCCUGCCAGUCAUCAAACUUUUCCUUUACAGUUAGAAAAUGGCCAAACUGUGGAGAGAACAGUAGCACAGUAUUUCAGAGAAAAGUAUACUCUUCAGCUGAAGUACCCGCACCUUCCCUGCCUGCAAGUCGGGCAGGAGCAGAAACACACCUACCUGCCGCUAGAAGUCUGUAAUAUUGUGGCAGGGCAACGAUGUAUCAAGAAGCUAACAGACAAUCAGACUUCCACUAUGAUCAAGGCAACAGCAAGAUCUGCACCAGAUAGACAAGAGGAAAUUAGCAGAUUGGUAAGAAGUGCAAAUUAUGAAACGGAUCCAUUUGUUCAGGAGUUUCAAUUUAAAGUUCGGGAUGAAAUGGCUCAUGUAACUGGACGUGUACUUCCAGCACCUAUGCUCCAGUAUGGAGGACGGAAUCGGACAGUAGCAACACCAAGCCAUGGAGUAUGGGAUAUGCGAGGGAAACAAUUCCACACAGGAGUUGAAAUCAAAAUGUGGGCUAUCGCAUGUUUUGCCACACAGAGGCAGUGCAGAGAAGAAAUAUUGAAGGGUUUCACAGACCAGCUGCGUAAGAUUUCUAAGGAUGCAGGGAUGCCCAUCCAGGGCCAGCCAUGCUUCUGCAAAUAUGCACAGGGGGCAGACAGCGUAGAGCCCAUGUUCCGGCAUCUCAAGAACACAUAUUCUGGCCUACAGCUUAUUAUCGUCAUCCUGCCAGGGAAGACACCAGUGUAUGCGGAAGUGAAACGUGUAGGAGACACACUUUUGGGUAUGGCCACACAAUGUGUUCAAGUCAAGAAUGUAAUAAAAACAUCUCCUCAAACUCUCUCAAACUUGUGCCUAAAGAUAAAUGUUAAACUCGGAGGAAUCAAUAAUAUUCUUGUACCUCAUCAAAGACCUUCUGUGUUCCAGCAACCAGUGAUCUUUUUGGGAGCCGAUGUCACUCAUCCACCUGCUGGUGAUGGAAAGAAGCCUUCUAUUGCUGCUGUUGUAGGUAGUAUGGAUGCCCACCCAAGCAGAUACUGUGCCACAGUAAGAGUUCAGAGACCCCGACAGGAGAUCAUCCAGGACUUGGCCUCCAUGGUCCGGGAACUUCUUAUUCAAUUUUAUAAGUCAACUCGGUUCAAGCCUACUCGUAUCAUCUUUUAUCGGGAUGGUGUUUCAGAGGGGCAGUUUAGGCAGGUAUUAUAUUAUGAACUACUGGCAAUUCGAGAAGCCUGCAUCAGUUUGGAGAAAGACUAUCAACCUGGAAUAACCUACAUUGUAGUUCAGAAGAGACACCACACUCGAUUAUUUUGUGCUGAUAGGACAGAAAGGGUUGGAAGAAGUGGCAAUAUCCCAGCUGGAACAACAGUUGAUACAGACAUUACACACCCAUAUGAGUUUGAUUUUUACCUCUGUAGCCAUGCUGGAAUACAGGGUACCAGUCGUCCUUCACACUAUCAUGUUUUAUGGGAUGAUAACUGCUUCACUGCAGAUGAACUUCAGCUGCUAACUUACCAGCUCUGCCAUACUUACGUACGCUGUACACGAUCUGUUUCUAUACCUGCACCAGCGUAUUACGCUCACCUGGUAGCAUUUAGAGCCAGAUAUCACCUUGUGGACAAAGAACAUGACAGUGCUGAAGGAAGUCACGUUUCAGGACAGAGCAAUGGGCGAGAUCCACAAGCUCUUGCCAAGGCUGUACAGAUUCACCAAGAUACCUUACGCACAAUGUACUUUGCUUAAAUAGUCCAAGUAUAUUCUCUGAGAGGAAGUACUGAAAGAUGAAUUGACAUACAACGUAUGUUUCCAGUGGAGUCAAUUGAGUAAGGACACCUCCAGCCAUACAGAAACCAACACUGUGUGGGGGCCAAGGUCUGAUCCUUAUGUUAAUACAAGGAAGAUUGUUUACUUCAUCAAGGAACACAGCAUCAUUAUGCAAUAUGAAACCAGCCAACUGCUUUUUGUGCGGUCUCCUGUAGGAAGUAUCGCAAUUGUUUUGUUUUCAUUUCUUGUAGUCUAACCCUUUUAAUGCCUUUACCUCAAGUUGCUUGGCAGCACAACUAUCUUUGCAAAAAAAAUUAUUGAAAAAGUAAAUGAUGGUUUAAAAAAUAUACACCUUCAUGAAUAAUCAAAGUGAUUUUUCAAAAUUAUAUGUGCAAAAAAUUAAUGUGCAUUCAUAUAUUCUUGUAAAAGGUGUCUGUGUAUUUUUAAAAUAUAUACAUCCAUACUUCAUAUGCAUAUAUAUCUGGAUCUGGAUUGAUAAUAGAUAUAUAUGUGUCUGUGUAUAUAUUUUAGAAUUCAUUCCAUUUGGGGAACUUCCUUUCCCUUUUAUUCUACUACCACUACCGCUUUUAUUUCUCUUUUUCCCUUGCCUUCAUCACCUAUAUUUUUUCCCUAAUCCUACCAGUGACAUUCAAAUAUUCAUGUACCUGGUUUGUUUGAAUGUAAAAUAUGGCAAACUA